AUGGUGAAGAUAUUUGUCGGCAACCUGCCCGAAGAGGCAACCGAGCAGGAAAUCCAGGCCCUCUUCGCUGAGCACGGCACGGUCACAGAAUGCUCCAUCGUCAAGAACUUCGCUUUCGUUCACAUGGAUGACCGCAAGGCCGCCACGAAAGCCAUCAAGUCCUUGAACCUUUACAAACUCCACGGCUCGGCGAUCAACGUCGAAGCCAGCCACGGGAAGAACCACGGAGCGGUUAAGCUGCAUGUGGCCAACGUAGAUCGAGGAAUGGAUAACGAGCUGCGCGCGUUAUUCGAAGAGUACGGGAAGGUCACCGAGUGUUCCAUCAUUAAGAAUUUUGCUUUCGUGCACAUGUCGAACUCGGAUGAGGCUAUGGAUGCCAUUCAGGGACUCGAUAACUCUGAAUUUCAAGGUAAACGCAUCCACGUGCAAAUUUCCAAAAGCCGCCCCCGCGAGGAUCAGGAGGAGUAUCCGCCCCCAAAUGGCGGUGGCUUUUGGCCUCCCCCUUUCCCGGGAAACAGGCCUGAGCAUCCCCCGCCGGGCUUCGUGAGAAAUCGCCCCAUGGGCCCGGGUUACCCCGCCCCGCCUUUGCCGCCCCCUCCCCCACGGCGAGCCAUGUACCCCGAGCGUCCACACGACGGCAAUCGCGGCGGUUACGGCGUAGUCGAUUACUACGAAAAGUACAGAGCUCACCCUUACGGCGUGGGUCCUGGCGGCCCGCCGCCCCCGCCGCCUCCCCCUCCCGGCGUCGCGCGAGAGCAUCCGAUGAAUCCCCCCCUCGAGCCGUACGAGCGUCGGCCGCCGCCUCCUCCUUUUCCUCCGUCGCCCUACUACGGCCGAGACCGCAGCCCUCACCACCGAGGGCCGAGCGCCGCCGCUCCUCCUAACGGUAACGGGUACGCCUACGACCGUUCCCAUAUCGCUCCCGUUUCCCGGGUCCCGCCGUACGGAGUUCCUCGACCCCGGGACCCCUACGCGGCGCGACCGCCGCCUCCGCCCCCUGCUCGCUACGGUUAUUAA